AUGAAAGAAAACCUUUAUCUUAGUACAAUCAAGGGAAAGCUAUGCGGUUCGAGCCAAGAACCGGGACAGCCAUCUUCCUCUCCUCAAAUCCUCGGCUUGUACAACUUCCGAGACGCGGGAGGCUAUGGGUUGUCCGGCACCAAAUCUGUACGAAGAGAGUAUCUCUACCGCUCAGCCAGUCUGAGAAACGUCUCCCAAGCUGGACUUGAGACAUUGCGAGAUCACUUUGGUAUCAAAAGCGUCUUCGGCCUCUCAGACCAGAACUUCAACAAGGCAACCAUUGCCAUAGAUGGCAUUGCCAUGCAGCAUGUCACCGCCAUAAAUUGCAAAGACAGCCGAGAAACACUGCUAAAACAUUUCAACCGGCUUUCUCACGACAUAGUCGAAAGUUUCAUGGUGAUUUACGAGCACUACUGUACCGUGUCUGCGCCCGCGUACAGGGAGAUAUUUGCACACAUCCGAGAUAGAUUCGACUUUCCACUUCUUGUUCACGAUGACUUGGGGAAGGACCAGACAGGAGUCUUCGUUGCAGUUGUUCUCAAGCUGCUGGGCGCGUCGGAUGAGGAUAUCAUCGAGGAGUACCAUCGCUCUGAGGCGGAGAUUGAACGACUGAUCCCUGAGAACAGUGCGAGACUACUUGGGCUUGGGAUAUUUGACUGUCGUCCACCUGAUAAUCUUGAGAAACACUUUCUGGCACCGAGAGAGGUUAUGAGAGCGUUCCUUGUGUACCUUGACUUGACUUAUGGUGGGGGUGAAGGAUACUUGAGGUUUCUGGGAUUUGCUGAUGUUGAGAUUGAACUCAUCACGAAUAAUCUUAUUGAGAGCAAGCCUGUGUAA